AUGGAGGCCGCAGCGCCGUCGUCGCCGCUCGCAUCACCGGCAGCUCAACAGACUGCCGCAUUCAUUCCCACCAUGGAUUCGCACGAGGAGGCCACGACGAGCAACAGCGUUAUUCCACCCACAGAAGCUGCGAACGGCGGCACGGCGGCACGCCCAACGUCAGCCGAUGUUUCAAGUAGCACAGGCACAGCUUUGACGAGUGCUAGUUUGCACGCUCACUCUCCAUCGCAGGCGAGUAGACAUGAAAAGAUCAUACUGCUCGGUGUUGCGGCGAGGGAUAGAAAGGCGAGGAGCAAGCCCAUGAGCCAGAUUCUCAAUCGUAUCAUCAGCAACAAGGACAUCGCUUGCCAGAUUGUAAACUUCGGUGACAAGGUGAGUGAACGGGUGAUGGGAACAGGGCGGAAUGUGAUAAGUCGACUUUCCACGCAGCUCGGCUUUGAGGCAGCGCCUCUUCGAAAGAGCGAAUGUAUGCGGUGAUGAACGAAGAUGAAGCCAAUUGUACGAUGUCCUCGCAGAGACAGCUGAUCGCUAGCUUGUAUGCGCUCUCCUCCUUCUCCUCCUCUUUAGGUGUUGCUGGACGAGCCGCCCGAGUCAUGGCCAGUGGUGGAUGUACUCAUCUCCUUCUUCUCGGAUGGCUUCCCUCUGGACAAAGCGAUAGCAUAUGCCGAUCUGCGCAAGCCAGUACUAGUCAAUGAUCUGCGGUUCCAGGCUGUGCUGUGGGAUCGGCGCGCAGUGCUGGCCAUACUGGACUCUGCAGGCGUUCCGACACCCAGACGUUUGGAGGCGGACAAGGACGGAGGACCAGUGUUGGACAACAAGGUGUUGGAUGAUGUCAAGAAGCGGCUCGGGCUUGACUUCAGAAAGAGACCAGUCAAACAUGCGCGCUUGAAGGAGGGCGAUGUAGACACGCUGAUCGUGGGCGAUCAAGAGAUUAGUAAACCUUUCGUGGAGAAACCGGUCAGCGGUGAGGAUCAUAAUGUGCACAUUUACUUUCACUCCAGCAAAGGCGGUGGCGGCAGGAGGCUUUUCAGAAAGGUGAGUUCAGUAGCGCUGGAGAAUCGUGGCCGCUGCAUUUACUGAUUCGGUCCUUACGUGGCACCAGGUUGGCAACAAAUCUUCAGAGUACGAUCCCAACCUCGUACAACCGCGCACAGACGGCUCGUACAUCUACGAAGAGUUCAUGGAUGUGGACAACGCCGAGGACGUCAAAGGUCUGUGCGAGAUUCGUGUCUCGGUACGCAUGCCUUCUGACACUUUCGCUUGCUCGCAUACAGUGUACACCAUCGGGCCUUACUUUGUGCACGCCGAGACCAGAAAGUCGCCCGUGGUUGACGGCUUGGUGAAGCGCAAUCCGGAUGGCAAGGAGAUUCGCUACAUUACCAAACUUACAGAAGCCGAGGUGAAGAUGGCAACCAACAUCUCCAAGGCAUUCAAGCAGAAUAUUUGCGGCUUUGAUCUGCUUCGCGUGGGAGACAAGAGCUACGUCAUCGAUGUGAAUGGCUGGAGCUUCGUCAAGGGAAACGACUUCUACUACGGUGAGCGCGUAAAGCUCCUCAAACACGCCGUCGGAUUUUCAGUGCUGACUUUGCUCCUUGCUUUCUGGCUCCGACUGGAAACAGAGAAGGUAAGUCUUCGCGUGCCCCGCUUUUCCUCUAAAUACGCCUUCGACUGACUCAAUUAAGAACCCUCGCAGUGCGCCUCGAUCCUAGCUAGCUUUUGCAAAAUGAGCGCGCCCAGACGCUCCGCCAGCCUGGCAAGCAGCAGCUCGAGUGUAGGAUCUGCAAUCGACGGUCGUGAAGCGGAACAAUCAAGCUGGACCUUGAAGAGCAGUGCAACCGUCUUUCGGCACGGUGAUCGUACGCCCAAGCAGAAGCUCAAGCGGUCGUUCAAGCCCAAAGAUGCAUGGGCCGCCCCUCUCCUGGCCCUCCUGCAAGGGCGCAAGGAAGAGAUUAUCCUCCGAUCGAAUCUGGACAUGGUCUCCAAGGCUGCGGCCGAAGCUAUGCAGCUUCCUGGAGCCAAAAAACAUGAUCUGACUUUGGUCAUUGGAGCGAUAGAAAGAAAACAGGAUUUGCCCGGCACCAAGGUGCAAAUGAAGCCGAGCUUUGACACGGAUGGCAAUCUCGAGAAGAUGCAGCUCAUCAUCAAGUGGGGAGGAGAAGUGAGUAGCUGCGCUCUCUAAAGUGCUGUACUAAGCUAAAAUUCGUGCUCUGGGCGCCCGGGCGUAGUUCUCGCAUGCGGCUCGACAUCAAGCACGGGAUGUGAGUGCGACGUGGAAGGAACUUGGGGCGCUCUGAAUGACGCUCCUGACUGACCUUGUUCGGUACCGGCUCGUCAAUCACCAGCUCGGCUCAAAUCUGCGCCGCGAUAUGAUAGUGCAGAACGCAAACGCGUUGAGAAACUGCACCAUCUACACCAGUAGCGAGCGCAGGGUCACCGCUUCUGCAGAGACCUUUGCUUCUUACUUUUUGGAUGAGCCAGAAGACCCGCAGAAGAACCCGUUACAGCUCGUGAUUCGCAAAGGUGAGUCGGCAGAGAGGGGUCUGUGGCCUCUAGCGACGAGCGAUGUGAGGAUUUGAACUGUAAACACCUGGCCUCCCCAGACCUCUUGGACGAUUCUAACGCUUCGAAGACCGAAAUGGACGUCGUCAAGAAGCAGUUGAAAGCAGUACUCAAACCGGACGGCGCGCCAAGACCUUCAGACUGGCCCGAAGAUGCACCCUCACCGCCUGAGCUCUGCCAACAGAUAGCACAGACACUCAAGAGUUUGCAAACUACCAUGCUGGAAAACUACGAAAGAAUGGACGUGAACUCGAUCAGCAGGAAAUGGUGUACUGCAGAAUCGCCCGAGCUUUUUAGAGAGAGAUGGGCCAAGCUUUUUGCGGACUACGAGGUGAGCCAGAGCGCGCACAGUGGACCCGAGACUGCUGCAUGCUUUGAUCUCAACAAGUUGGUGUCAUGCCUCAGGACGAUCCCUACGAUCCGUCGAGAGCCAGCGAGCUCUACGACAUGCUCACUCAUGACGGUGAGGCGAAUAUGCAGAAUGUACCGCUUUUUCUCUUGCCGCUGACACAGCAAGAACUACCACGCACUCUGCGCGACUUUAGGUCUGCACAAUAGGACAUUCGUAGAGACCAUCUUUGCCGCGCCCGACGUGCCUCAAGAGAAGCGAUUGGACAGACUUCACGAGCUGUACCGACUGAGCUCCACAUUGUUCUCAUGGACUUGGUAAGUCGCGAGUCCAUUCUGGUUCUUCUUUGUGAAGGGGCGUUGCUGAUUGCUCAAACGCGACGGUUGAUGCAGUCCGGCCGAGUACGGCGUGACUUCAGAGCAAAAGGUGUGCUUUCGCCAAGUCUGGGCCUGAUGUGCCGCAGCUCAAGCUGAUAGGUCUUUAUCGAUGCACACAGGAAUCAAUCGGAGUCCUCACGUCGAUGCCGCUGCUUAUGCACAUUAUUGCUGACCUGAAGGCGGCGGAAAGCAAGCCUCUCUGCGCGCUCUACUUUACAAAGGUAUGCGUGCUACGAGCGGAUGCCGGACUGUUGGUUUUCGAUUGGUUCUUUCCCCUCUGACGCAGACUUUCUGAUCCAUCCCAGGAAUCGCACAUGCACACUCUUCUGAACCUGAUCCUCGCUUCGGACUUGCCAAUCUUGACCAACAAAAGACCACCUCUAGACUAUCUUAGCUGCAUUGCUUUCGAAGUGUACGAAAAGACGACGACCACGGGGACUGCAGCAAACAGCCCUCGGCCUAGCUCUGGCGAUGGCAGCAGCAACAGUAACAGCAGCCACGGAGCUGCUCCAGGUGGUUCUAGCGGUAACAGUUCGGCGCCUAUGACUCCUAAUCCUAGCAACACGCCGCCGACGCCACCGGAAAGAUCGCUGCUGAUCAGUGUUUCUCCCGGUGCGCAUUCGAGCGAACCUUUCUUCAUCAAGCUGGACGCUAGACAUUCUUUGAGUCCUCUGCCCAGGCAGCCUCUCACUAGGCACAUGCCUCUAGAUGAAGGCAUCGCUGCGCUCAGCAAUCACAAAGCUGUCGAAGCCAAUCGGUGCGCACCACAUCUUGGCGUCGGAUCUCUCACCAGACUUGACGCAUGACUGACCAUUGACCUCUCUGUCUCAUUUUGGCAAACGCAGCGGACAGGUUGAAGGAGAGACCGUCUUCUCCGGACUGCCUCAUACCGAAAGAGGACUGCUUCAUAUCAAAAGAAGAGGUAGCGAUGUGUCUAGCCGAGCCAGCGUGGCGGGUUGA